AUGGAGCUGCCCGCAGAGCUGUACGACGAUCCCCGAACCUGGGACGAAGACUCGGACCCGGAGCCGGAGCCUGACCCCGACGCGCAGGCCGAGGCCUACGUGGCCCGCGUGCUCAAUCCGCCAAAACCCAGGCUGACGCCCCCGCGCGCCUCGCCGCUGUCCACGCCUGCCGCGUCCCCGAGCGCCCUGGAACCGCGGGCCACAUCCAAGGUCUCGGCGGUGGGUGUUCCGGGCUUGCUGAGCCUUCCCCCGGAGCUGCUGCUGGAGAUCUGCGCCUACCUGGACGCGCGCCUUGUGCUCCACGUUCUGCCGCGCGUGUGUCACGCGCUGCGCGACCUCGUGCGUGACCGUGUCACCUGGAGGUUACGCGCACAACGCCGCGUACGCGCGCCCUACCCAGUGGUGGAAGAGGAGGACUUUGACUGGCCGGCAGCCUGCAUUGAGCUGGAACAGCACCUGGCCCACUGGGCAGAGGAUGGGCGCUGGGCCGAGUACUUCUGCCUGGCCGACGGGCACUUUGCGUCCAUUGACUCAGUGCUGCUGCUCCAGGGCGGGACACUAUGUCUGUCGGGCUCCCGAGACCGCAACGUCAACCUGUGGGACCUGCGGCAGCUGGGGGCGGACCCCAGCCAGGUUCUGGUCAAAGCCUUGGGCACCCAGCCAAACAGCACCCACAAGGGCUGGGUGUGGUCGCUGGCGGCGCAGGACCACCAUGUGUGCUCCGGCUCCUGGGACAGCACAGUGAAGCUCUGGGACAUGGCGGCUGAUGGACAGCAGUUUGGCGAGAUAAAGGCCAAGGCAGCCGUGCUGUGCCUGUCCUACCGGCCUGACAUUCUGGUGACCGGCACCUACGACAAGAAGGUGACCGUCUACGACCCCAGAGCCGGCCCUGCCCUGCUGAAGAGCCGGCGGCUGCACUCCAGCGCUGUGCUGGCACUGCUGGCGGACGACCGGCACAUCAUCUCGGGCAGCGAGGACCACACCCUUGUGGUGUUCGACCGCCGAGCCAACAGCGUCCUGCAGCGGCUGCAGCUGGACUCCUACCUGCUCUGCAUGUCCUACCAGGAGCCCCAGCUCUGGGCUGGUGACAACCAGGGCCUGCUGCACGUCUUCGCCAACCGCAAUGGCUGCUUCCAGCUAGUCCGGUCCUUCGACGUGGGCCACAGGUCUCAUAUCACAGGGAUCAAACACUCGCUGGGGACCUUGUACACCACAUCCACUGACAAGACCAUCCGGGUGCACGUGCCCACAGACCCACCAAGGACCAUCUGCAUUCGAAACCACCACAACGUGCUGAAUGGGGUCUGUGCCGAGGGCAACUUGGUGGUGGCUGCCUCUGGGGGCCUGUCGCUGGAGGUCUGGAGACUGCAGGCCUGA